AUGUCUUUAAUUAUCUUUGGUGACGGUCAGAAAAAUGAAAGCCAUGUUAAGUUUAAAGGUCUUCGGCAUGAUGUCUCCAACAAAAUUUAUAAGCAAUUAAAGCACGGAAAGGGACUUGGAGAGUUGUUACUUCUCGAUAUCAAUAAAUACAAAACCUCGAAGACCUUCAACUCUUGCUUAAAUCAAGACCUACAGAAUCUGAAGUGUAGAAGAGGUGAUGAUGUCAAAAAGAUCCAUCAAGUAUUGAAGUGCAACACCUGCAAUAUUUUUUGGAAUCGCGAUGAAAGGGCCUCCAAGGGCGUGCUUCUCGUUGCACAUUCUAUCUGGAAUGGUCAAGGUCAACCUAUUGUCUUCAAAAGACAACUCGCCACCUCCAAUGUGGUUGCUUCGUCUCACUUCGGCGGGGCGCUGGUUUAA